AAUCCUGGGGAUUUGUAAUACUGUGUUCUAGAUGAUAUUUUUAUUGUCUACAGACUAGUCAAGCGCGUUGCUCACCUCGGUUAAUUUCAUAAAAGACCAUUCCCGUUUAUUACUAAUCUCCAAAUAUAAUAUCGAUAGGUAGAUCACACAACUUGUGGUUAUAACUACGCUAUUUAAUUAAACUUGUCUAAUCUUAGUUAGCGAGAGCGCCGCAAGUGUACCGCACCGCGCGAGCGACGCGAACACGCCGCGAAUAUCUUACUCGACGCCAGAUUAAUCUUCGGUUACACGUCUUACGUUGGUAUAUGUACACGGUGAUCACGUGACUGGGUUCAGAUUGUCUCCCGCUGUUGAUGGAAGAUUCGCACGCUGUGUGAGUGCCACAGGUGAUCUCUGGCCCUGCUUCACUGGGUCACUUAUGGAUCUUAUCGGCUGACUGCAUGGAUAGUGACGAAUGCGCGGCCAUAGCUGCGGGUAUAAAACUUGUAGGGGGCGAGACGGUGGCGCACAGCACUUUGCGGCCCGAUCGCCAUCCACCACUAGCUACCAUCACCGCAACAUGGCGCUCCACUCACAAGCUCUGCUGACGCUGGUGACCCUGGCGGCUCUGGUCGCAGCGGGAGCACGCGCCGACGAAGUCUUCGCCGACAACGAACUCGUUCUUGCGGUUUUGAUUCACCGACAUGGAGACCGCACGCCCCUGGACGGCAUACUAGAGUUUAGCACCGACCCGGACGCGGUGCGAGAGGCCACCGAGCCUUACGGCUACGGACAACUCACUAAUGCGGGCAGGCGGACCGCGUACCAGCUCGGCAAGUCCAUCCGCAAGCGCUACGGUGACCUCAUUUCCGCACAUUAUAACCGCUCCGAGAUUUUCAUCCGUUCGACGGACUCCACGCGCGCCAAGAUGACCGUGCUCACCGCCAUGGCGGCCGUGUACCCUGCCGGUGAUGACAACUGGAGCGACUCUCUCCCCUGGCAGCCCACGCCCUACACCAUGGUGCCUGCUAGAUACGACCCCAACCUUGCCUCGAUAAACUGCCCCACGCUUAUAAAUGCCUCCUCAGGCAAAACCUACGCGACCUCACCUGCGAUGGAGCGCUACACAGACGUGCUGAACCAGUGGUCGGAGCUGAUCGCUUUCAACAUCACCGCCACGCCGUCGCUCGCCUAUUCCAUUUACGACAUUUACAAAAGUCAGAUCAGCCUCGGCGUGCCCCUGCCCGAUGAGUUGCAGGCGCUGAUGCCGGAAAUUGAGGAAAUCGCUGGCAUAGCCCUAGACAUCUCAAUGGGUGAUGACGACCAUGCGUUGCUAGCAGCCGGUGUGUACAUGAACGACGUCGUCACGGCGAUGACCUCGGCAGCUAGCGGCGACGUGUCGCAACCCCUGCGCAUCUACUCCGCGCACGACGCUAACGUGUUCGUCGUAAUGGCAGCGUCGCGCGUCACUCCGCGCCAGGUCGCACCAGCAUACUGUUCUUCAUUCACGCUGGAACUGCGCAAGCGCACUGAUACUGGUGCCUACGUCGUGCUGCCGGUGUACCAGGCCUCGCCGGACGCCGAGCCGGUGCACCUGCAGGUGGAGGGGUGUAGCGCGCUGCUGUGUCCGCUCGACGAGUUUGUCUCCAUCACGAAGCCCUUCGUGCUGGACGAGGACACGUGGCGCGAGAAUUGUGCCUACACCGAUGACCUGGACAUCGAUGAAUCCAUGUUCGAUUAAGCCCUGAAUGACAACACACUUAUAUAUUAUCUUAUAAUAAAUCGGAUGAAUAGAAGUCACAAGGUUAUAAGUAGUAUUUAAUUGAUAACAUACAAAUAAAAUAAAAACAUAAAAUUUAAUAAUCUAUAGCUCCAUGGUUAAAUCAGUAUUUGAUAAGAUUAUAAUAGUAAUGUGAUUCAUAUUGUGUAUAAUAUUCUCAAUUGAAGUUUAGAUUCUUCAUCCCGUGAUUUCUACUCUUUCAUUGCACGUAUGUUGUGUACGAUAUUAUGUUAAUAUAGUAAGUGUACUUCCUA